GGUGUCACGUGACCGCGGUGCACAUGACUCACUCGUUCACCUGCAGGUCAGGUGUGUGAGGCUCACAUUAGAGCUGGAAUCAUGGAGGUGAAAGUGCGGCUGUUCCACCGGUGUGAGCUCGUCCUGUUCUUCUCCUUCCUCCUCCUCCUCCACUUCCGAACAGUCCGCGGAGUGUGGCCUUUGCCCCAGAGCUUCACAUCGUCCCCGGAGCGCGUGUCUCUGCAGCCUGGGGCUUUUUACUUCACCUAUGGACUACAGUCUGAGGUCACAGCGGGCUGCUCUGUGCUGGACGAGGCUUUCAUUCGAUAUUUCCCUUUGAUAUUCCCUGACUAUUUUCAGAAACAAAGUCUCUCUCCACGGUCAGCCCAAGACUCCUCCUUUACUUUAGAGGUUAGUGUGGACCAGGAUGACUGCGAGGGUUACCCAGCUCAAGACUCCUCAGAACGCUACAAUCUUACCAUUGCAGCGGGACAUGGUAUUCUGAGUGCAGAGUCAGUGUGGGGAGCAUUGAGAGGUCUGGAGAGCUUCAGUCAACUCGUCUAUCAAGAUGACUCUGGCACUUAUUAUGUGAAUAAGACGGACAUUGAGGACUUCCCCCAGUUUCCAUUCCGUGGGAUUCUGUUGGACACGUCACGUCACUAUUUGCCUUUACAGGCAAUAUUAAAAACUCUGGAUGGAAUGGCCUACAGUAAAUUCAAUGUGUUUCACUGGCACAUUGUGGACGACCCUUCAUUUCCUUAUCAAAGCCGAACCUUUCCUAACCUGUCCAGUAAGGGGGCGUACCAUCCCUCCACCCACAUCUACACACAGACAGAUGUGCGGAAGGUCAUCGCACAUGCCCGACUGCGUGGCAUCAGAGUUCUGCCUGAGUUUGAUUCACCCGGGCACACCAGGUCAUGGGGCAAAGGGCAGCCUGAUCUGUUGACACCCUGCUACAGAGGCACUUCUCCAAGUGGGAAGUUUGGUCCAGUCAACCCGUCUCUGGCCUCCACCUACCAGUUCAUGUCCAUGUUAUUCAAGGAGGUGUCGCUGGUGUUUCCUGACUCCUAUGUCCACUUAGGGGGAGAUGAGGUGGACUUUACCUGCUGGAGAUCAAACCCAGAUGUCGUGGCAUUCAUGAACAAAAUGGGAUUCGGUUCAGACUUUACCAAACUGGAGGCAUUCUACAUGGAGAGUAUAGUAAACAUCAGCACGGCCCUCAACAGAACAGCCAUCGUGUGGCAAGAUGUUUUUGACUACCAUGAAAAGAUCCCUAAGGACACUGUGCUGCACAUUUGGAAGGGCGUGCCAGCUGCAUACCACACGGAGCUGGCCCGGAUCACCAAAGCGGGCAUGAGGGUGAUCCUGGCAGCGCCCUGGUACAUCAACCACAUCAACUACGGGCAGGACUGGAGAAUUUACUACAGUGUCCAGCCACUCAACUUCACUGGCUCAGAGGAGCAGAAGAAGCUGGUGAUCGGUGGAGAGGUGUGUAUGUGGGGGGAGUAUGUGGAUGCCACGAACCUCAGUCCUCGUAUGUGGCCCAGGGCAAGUGCGGCUGCAGAGCGGCUGUGGAGCGAUGAAAAGCAGACUACCCGUGUUGACAAGGCCUUCCCCCGGCUGGAGGAGUUCCGCUGCAGGCUCCUCAGGCGUGGGAUCCAGGCAGAGCCGCUGUUUGUGGGUCACUGCAGACACGAGUACCAGGGAAUGUGACCAGAGGAGCCAUUCAUCCAGCCAGGCACCUUUCUCCUCUCUCUUUUUUACAAAUGACAAGUUUGAGCUAUGUUUUUUGUUUUUUUUUUCUUAUAUUUUAUUAUGUUAUUUUAAUAUGUGGUUUACAAAGAUAGCUCAGAGGUUACUUAACUAGUUAAGAUUAUUAUGUUUUUGACCUGCCUUAGGACAACAGAUGUAAACUAGCUAUUGUGCUAAUUCCGGCAUAUUUACAUUGAUGCUGUUUGUUGACAUGUUGAUUAAUAUGCACUGUCCUAAUUAAAAUCAAUAAAAUAAAAUAAAAUAAAAGGACUUUGAAGG